GGGCUGCUGAACUACCUGCGCUCUGUGGAGAGGACUUUGACCUUUGACCUGGCAGGUCUGCAGCUGCAGGAAGGAGAGCUGUGCAGCACAGCGGAGGAAACAGGCUGGAUGAAUGCUGCCAGGGGAGGGAGAGGGGAGGCAGGAGGUCUCGGCUCGCUCCAGUAUAGCCACAGCACUCCUGUUGACUGUAAGGUCCAUUGCUCAGAGUUUAUGGAGUUUGCAGAGGUGGAGAACCUUCAUGAUUUCUACAGCGCAGAGGAACGGUUCGUCCACACUCAGGACCAGAGAGGGUUUUACAUCGUGUACGACGCUGCGCUGAAGGACCUGGAGGAGCUGGAGAAUGAGCUUCUUCUAGCCGGCUCACUCUUCAUCCAGAGGAACAGGAUGAAGAAAAUGGGAAAAACUGAGAGAGCAGACGUCCACUCCUGGGCCGGGACAGAGGUCGACCGUGUUGCAGUGCUUCUUGACUUGUGGACAUGUGAGACAGAGUUUCUGGAGAGCAAAGUGCAGCUCCUGAACUGUUACUAUGAGGCCUACCAGCAUGCAGCAGGGACUGAGGAGAGGUUUGCGUUGGCUCAAGUUAUUACUGACAUCAUGCACAGUAGGCCACAACUGGACCUGAACCAGGAUUACUUUGUUCAGGCCUACAGAGCUGAGAUAGGCUGCCUGCAAAGCCACCGGCAGCUGAUCAAAGACAUUUUGGAGAAUCAGAUUGAAAAACAGCGGCAGUACCUCCGACACAUCUGGAGAGACAGCCGCAAAGGCUCCAUUCACAAUUAUGGCCUUCCACCUAACUACGUUCCCCAACAUCUGGUCUCACUUGGAGGCAGCAGCCCUGCGUUGAUGAACAUUUUCCUCCUGGAGGUUCAUCCGUCCCUCUGCCUGGCUGCUGCAAUCUAUAACAGUUUAGUUCAGGCUCACACAGAGCUCUGUCAGCUGCACCGAGCCACAAGCAUCACAGACAAACUCACCCUGCGACAGAAGCUCCUGCAGCAGGCCCUGCAGAGCUGGAACUGCCUGGCUUCACCCGGAGCCUCCUACAGCGCUCAGAUACAGAAGGAUUUGUUUUCAGAUGUGUUUUUUGAAGACCCGAUUUUGGUCCAAAAGGUGGGGCUGUCUUUGGUAAGAUCUGCAGAGGAGGAGGAUGUGACACAGGGAAGAGGGAAACAACUGUUUGCUGUGGAAACUUUCUCCAAGCUGUUGGAGCUCGUCACCAUCCGCCACCGUCUGCUGGAGUCGGCCUCAGAGACGGCACAUCUGGCUCAGUUGUACAGAAGUGUGGCGUCGGAGCUCGGCUUCGAUGACUUCCACCUCUAUCUGAGGCCAGUGCAGUUUGAGGUUGCUGAACAGAAAGACAAAGCAGAGCAGAGGCCUGUUUUUAUCACAGCCAUACUGGAGGAUGACAGCUCUGUGGACAGGUUCACCCCAUCCCACCUGCCUCUGAGCAUCCGGGAACUGGACGAGAACCAGAUCGGGAAGUUCAGCUUCAGCUCAGAGGAGGCAGUUAUUCAUCUUGUGAACAAACAGAGUGUAGAAAACCUCCAGGUGACUCUGGCCUGCCAGGUUACACAGAAGAACGCUUUGAUAAGUGCAGUGAAACUGGUUUGUCUUUGUCACUGGGCAGAGAGUGAGACAUCUUCAGCUGAGAGGGAAGCAGCCUUUCAUUCUAAUGAAGAUGUAGAAUUUGACUCCAAACGUGGGAGCGACACCAACAAGCUGCAGCAAAAAUCUAACUCUUCACCCUCCAAAGGUUCAGCAAGAACUCCCACCACGACCAAGGAGAGGCUGAUGGAAGCAUUUGUGUCCAUCCAGCUGGAAAAAGUGGGCCUGCGUGACGAGAUGCUGAAUUCAUUUAUGAAGAAGAAACAGGCCGUGGGGGGUCUUAUGAAAACUCCAGAGGAGGCUGCGAAGAUCAAAAGGAGGCUCAUAAUCGACUUUCUCGAGAAAUUCACCACACAGAUAUCUCAGUACUGUGUGAGAGCGCAGAUUGUUGCAUAUUACUACCAUCUAUCCUUCAUUUUGGACGACAACCCCUCCAUCUGUCAGUCGCACUUCGUGAUUGGGCAAGCCGCAAAGCCCAGAGUUAAUCUGGAUUCAGGAGCUGACCGUUGCCCUGACCCCAGGAGCUCCCAGUGUCGGCCGCAGCAGCUGUUGUCUGCAGACGGCAAAACUCUCCUCAACUUGUGGUUCGUCCCCCACUUCUCUCAAGUGCUUCACAUGUUCAAGACACUGGAUGUUUUGGAAUGUGCUACAGCUCUCCAUCACACUCUGCAGAUAGUUUCAGCUCUUCAUGACAUCAUUUAUUACCUGGUUAGUUUUUCCAGACUGGGAAACACAGAAGACUCCCGCAGGAGAGGACAGGAUGCACCCAGCUCACUAGCAGCUGACUGGGGAGGCACUGAAGGCAUUGGAGCAGAGCUGCUGGAGAUCCAGCGUCAGGUCGACCGUCUGUCUGAUCCCAGCAGCCCAGAGUCUGUCGGCCGUCUGCUGCAGCUGCGCAGGCAGGUCCUCCUGCUGCAGUUUGAUACUGCUGUCAGAAACCUCAUCAGGGAGGUGUUCCUCUCCUCUGGUGAUGUUGCCUCCUACAAGACUGUGAGUGACAACAUGGCGACUGCCCUCCCCCUGCUGAGUGACAGUAACCGGACUGACGUGUUCAGUCUCACGCUGCCUGUUCCUCGACCUCUAGAGACACGAGGAUGUCAGGCACAAAGGAUGUAUCCAUGGAGAUGUUUCAUAGCCUGGCAUGGGUUGUUCCCUUUGCAUGUUUGGGACGUCACUCCCAUCGAACACUGCAUGCAGCUGUGCCUGAGCGGUCUGAGUGAUCGCAGCCGACUCCAGGCCAACGCAGCGAUCCUCGGCGUGUCGCUGCUCAUGGAGGACGUCCUAAACAGUGGAAGAGAGGCAGAGCCUGUUCGUCUCCAUGGCAACAGAGAUGACCUUCUGCACGAUGGAAAACCUAAUGAGGGGGAUAAACUCAGCUUUGGAGCUGAAGAAGAGGAAAAGACUUGUGACUCCACGGCUCCUCUUCAGGGUCCGAUCAGAGUCCAGUCUGUGCUGAAAGGUUUCCUCCUGCUGACGAAGCAGCUGCAGGUGUUCAAGGAGAGCUGGGCCCGAAGACGUCUGGGUGCUCAAAUGUUCAGAACGCCCAGUUUGUAUCAACAGUUUGUGAAACUCUACAGAGAUGAAAUCUUUUACCCCAGCAUGAGAGCUCUGGCUCAACAAAUGGGUAAAGAGCGGGACUAUGAGGUCUUACUUUCUGGCAGCCAGUCUCUCCUGCCCCCGCCUGGAGCUUCCGAGGUUGACGUGAAAGCCUGGCAGCUUCACAAGCUGCUGGAGAGCACCGAGUGUGACAUGAUCAGUGAGGUGCAGAGGAAGAUUAACAGAGAGCUGACCCUGGUGGUUUCAGAGCGAACUCGACAGGACACAGGCCUCCCUACAGAGCUGUGGAGGAAAGCCCCACUGAAGUACAGUUUGUCUCCUGAGCGGCCGCAUAUUGUGGAGACGUUCAUCCAACAGCUGAUGGAGGGAAGUGAAGACGCUGAGGGACAGCUGAGGGUCUCUCAGGAUCACCUCCAGCAGUGUCUCACUCACCUCGGCUGUUCUCUGAUGGAGCGAGAGCGUCAGAGCUUCCUGCUUUACUCUCAGUUUUAUGAACAGAUCCUGCAGCAGGAGACUCAGCUCCUGCGUCAGAGAGAGCAGGAUUUUAAGAAUCUUAAGGACUCUCCGUCCAGCAGCUCUCACAAAGAGGUGGGUGCUGUUUGUCGUGGGAUGAUGUUGGAGAUCUCAGCGCUGCAGGCCCAGGUUGCUCACCUGGAAGAAGAGAAGAGAAAUCUAGAGGAGAAACUCAGUCUCAGAUUCAGAGAACGCUAUGACCCUUUGGUCCGACACCUCUUCUCCUCCUGCGUCCAGCUAAAGGCCAGGCUUGAUGAGUACCACCGGCAGAUGGAGCAGGAUGUGAGUGAGAUGGUGAACAGAAUAAGAGGCGAAGGAGUGGACAGAAUUAUUAAACUCAAGAAGACGUACGGCUGCACCAAAGACAAUGAUGGACUCACAGUCACGCAGUUAAAGAAAGAAGAAGUCCAUGAGUUGCACCUGGAGAACAGCCGGCUGACUUCUCUGCUCUGUAAACUGAAGGCUCUGAGCAGCUGGAGGCAGCUGGUCGACCAGGAGAAACUUCACCGACAGCUGCUUCAAACUCAGCAGAGGGAGAUUACCUGUCGCACCGACGCUCUCAGGGUGAAGAUGACGUCUGAGGAGGAGGUGGUUUUCCUGCAGGAGGAGCUGGAGGCCGUGAGGAAGGUGUUGACCCGCUGUCAGGCCGAGUGCAGCAGCACCAAGAAGCUGCUCAGCAGGAAGACAGAGGAGCUCCAGGUGUCCAGGCAUCAGUCUGCACAGGAGGCCCGCAGCAGGCAGGAGCUGGACAGCUAUCGAGUGCAGAGCCUGGAACAAAUGAGAGCCGACAUGGAGGACAGAGAGAGGCAGCUCAGGGCGCUCAGCGAGCAGCUGGACAGAGGUAGCAGGAUGAACCAGCUACACCGACAGCGCAGCGCCAAAGAGAUCCGACAGGUGAGGGGACGGCUACAGCAAGAGCUCAGCCUCAAACAAGAAGCCUUUCAGCAGGUGGACAAACUGCAGAACCAGGUGAACGACAUGGAAGCAGCUUUGUCCCGAUGCACCACUACGACAGGCCAAAGCAGGGCUUAUUACACGCUGUCAGUGAGCAGAUUGAGUGCUAGAAGUCCCUCAGCAGGUCCACGCAGGGCCAGUCAGCAGCAGUCCACCCUACAGCUUGGCAGCCUCACAAACUACGGCACACUUCAGGACAGCGCGACAGAGCCAAGACACCAGAGAGCAGAAACAGCCAGGAGCCGCUCUGAUACAAGAAUAGACCGACCGAAAGCAGAUCCGACUCGGCUGCGUGUCCUGACUGCUGAGACGACUCUACCAGACCUGUGAGAUUUACCCGAUGGUAUUUUGUUAAGCAACACCCACUUGUUAAAAGUUAGCUGCUGUUUGACAUUCAGGGUGCUCUCUGGUUCUGUCUGCAGCUGUGUGUGGACCAAAUCGUAUCUGUUAUUUUCAGAGCUAAAACAUAAACCUAAGUGAGGGUUUGGCUCAUUUUCAUUCAUCAUGGCAUUUUAUUAUCCAGUUUAUUUUAGAUCAUCAUGUACUGUGCAUGUCUUCCCUUCCAAAAGUGCAGUACCUUUACACUGCUUCCAUAUUUCAGCCCCCUAGACACUUUUUCUUCAUGUAA